AUGCAUAAGCGGGACGUACCGUCCCAGCCAGGCUUCAGCACCACCGCAGCCACACUGGAGACGGCGGGCUGGACCGGCUUACUUGAGGAGCUGUCUGGAGAGUCACGGGCGCUGCUGGGUGUAGGAGAUAAGAUAUGCUCCUUCAAAACUUUCAGCGGACCCCGUGGGGUGUGUCCAAACACAAGGGAGCCGCUGGACUGUGUGCGGGCGUUAGAGCUGUGUAACGGGGACAGCCAGUGCAGCUCCAGCUACAGGAUCAUGCGCCAGUGCCUGUCAGGCGGGGCGCGGGAUCGCCAGACCAUGCUGGCUGGUAGAGAGUGCCAGGGGGCCAUAGAGGUCCUACAGGACUCUUCGCUCUACGAUUGUCGCUGUAAGAGAGCCAUGAAGAAGGAAUUACAGUGUCUGCAGAACUACUGGAGUAUACACCAGGGCCUGACAGAGAGCGGGGAGGACUUCUAUGAGAUGUCACCCUAUGAGCUCCACGAAUUCUCAGAAGAGUUUAGACACGCCUCCAUCAUCUCAGGAAUGCACUCUUCUCUGUCCAAGGCCAGCCCAUGUUCGGAGCCAGGGAAACCCUGUAACCCAUGUCUCGAUGCAGCCAAGGCUUGCAACCUCAAUGAAACCUGCAAGAGACAACGCUCCAAUUACAUCGCUAUCUGCAACAAGCAGUCUCAGCCCUCACUGGCCAACCAGGAGCCUUGCAGCCGCAAACGAUGUCACAAGGCGCUGCGUCAGUUCUUUGAGCGUGUGCAGUGGGAGCUGAGUUACCCCCUGUUGUUCUGCUCGUGUCCGGACCAGGCCUGUGCUGAGAGACGUAGACAGACCAUUGUACCUGCCUGCUCCCACCAGGAGAAACACAGACCCUCCUGUCUAGAGCUCCGACGCGCCUGCCGCUCCGACGCACUCUGCAGAUCAAGACUGGCUGAUUUCCAUACGAACUGUCAGAUGACUGGUCACUCCAUCACCAGCUGUCCCCAUGAUAACUACCAUGGCUGCCUCAUGGCCUAUGUAGGCCUCAUUGGGUCUGAUGUGACUCCUAACUACAUGGACAGCAGUCCCAGUAACAGCACCAUCUCUCCCUGGUGCUCCUGCAGAGGGACUGGCAACCAGGAACAUGAGUGUGACGCCUUCCUCAGAGACUUCACACACAACACCUGCCUCAAGAAUGCCAUCCAGGCAUUUGGCUAUGGUCCAGAGGGGAGUGUACUUCCUGUUAUAGAGUCUUUGGCCACGCCCUUUCCUCCCAUACAGCCACCACUAAACUCUAAGCCCGCCCCCUCGCUCCAUGCCAAUGAAAUCAAGCCUCAGGACAGCACCUGUGUCUUCUCAACCUGCGCCAACCUUAAGUGUAUGUUUAAACUGUCAGAGCCCUGCAGCUGGGAGUCUAAUCCCAGGACUGCUGCCUCCUGCACAGAACUCCUGACAUUCAGACUGAUCACGUAG